CCUCCCAGAAUCGUGGAAUUCACUGUUACGGUUUGUUUAAACGUGAUGUAAUCUGAAUAUCGGUGCUUCCACCCAUUGUCGGUCAAGGUUUGAAGGUGGUACAGGCACACACGAACGCUGCGGGACAGUUUCCCCCCCCCCCCAAAACAACAGCCAGGACUUCUCCUGCAGCGACAAUAAACUCGGGAUUGAUUAUUCUUCGACUAUCUGAGGCCUUUGGAGAGGUAUCAGCCAUGUCCCGAGAGAAGGAGGCUGUUGACCGAGCGAGGACUGCGUUCCUCACCGGGAGGUCACGACCUCUAGAGUUCAGAGUUCGUCAGCUGAAGGCACUGCAGCGGUUCAUCACUGAGCGAGAGAAAGAGAUCGCAGCUGCGCUUAAGAAAGACCUCAACAAGAGCCAGUUUGCUACCCCCCUGUACGAGCUGAUGGGCCUGGAGGCAGAGAUCGCUCUGACCCUGGAGAGGCUGGCGGAGUGGGCAGCCCCCCGGCCAGUGGAGAAGACCCUCCUCACGCUGUCCGACCAGGUCUACAUCCAGCCUGAGCCCCUGGGGGUGGUGCUGGUCAUCGGGGCCUGGAACUACCCCAUGGCCGUCACUAUCCAGCCCCUCAUCGGGGCCAUCGCCGCCGGCAAUGCAGCUGUGUUGAAGCCGUCGGAGGUGAGCACGCACACUGCAAAGAUGAUGGAGGAUCUGCUCCCUCUGUACCUUGACAAGGAGAUGUACCCAGUGGUGACCGGGGGAGUCCCAGAGACCCAGGAGCUCCUGAGGCAGCGCUUCGACCACAUCUUCUACACCGGGAACAGCACUGUGGGAAAGCUGGUGAUGGAGGCCGCCGCCCGCCACCUCACCCCCGUCACCCUGGAGCUGGGCGGGAAGAGUCCCUGCUACAUCGACAAGGCCUGCGACCUGUCUGUCGCCUGCCGCCGGAUCACCUGGGGAAAGUUUGUGAACUGUGGUCAGACCUGCAUCGCUCCUGACUACAUCUUGUGUGACCCCAGCAUACAGGACCGAGUGGUGGAGGAGAUCAAGAAAUCACUCAAGGAAUUCUACGGCGACGACCCCAAGACCUCACAAGAUUACGGACGCAUCAUCAACCAGCGCCAUUUCAAAAGAAUUCUGUCUCUGCUGGAGGGCUGCACUGUGGUGCUGGGCGGAGAGCACGAUGAGUCACAGUGCUACAUUGCCCCCACUGUCCUGAAGGAUGUGACGCCCCAGUCCAAAGUCAUGCAGGAGGAGAUCUUUGGGCCGGUCCUGCCCAUCCUGAGCGCGGGCAGCGUGGACGAGGCCAUCCGCUUCAUCAACGAGCGAGAGAAGCCACUGGCGCUGUACGUCUUCUCUUUGGACAACAAGCUGAUCAAGAAGGUGAUCGCCGAGACGUCCAGCGGAGGGGUGACGGCCAACGACUGUCUGCUGCACUACUCCGUCAGCGCUCUGCCGUUCGGGGGAGUGGGCAACAGCGGCAUGGGCUGCUACCACGGCAAGCACAGCUUCGACCAGCUGAGCCACCUCCGCGCCUGCCUGAUCAAGUCCCUGUCCAUGGAGGGCAUGAACAAACUGCGCUACCCGCCUCACUCUGCCGACAAGGUCCGCUGGGCUCGGAUCCUGAUCCUGAAACGGAUCAACCUGGGCUGGCUGGGCCGGCUUGGGCUCGUGGCUGUCCUGGCGGUUCUGGCGGCUUUUCUGGUCCAGAGGUUUGUACAGUGAGUCUGCUGUAGCGACAGAAGAGCACUGACCAUGAAUGUCAAGAGGGACCAUGCAGCAUGCAAGAGCUUUAAUCCAGCUUGCUAGGCUGUGCACCACCAGUGAGCUCCGGAGUCAGUGGUCUGUGUGGAGAAAAAACGAAAAGGGUUCUUAGCUUAGCUGUUUAAUCCUACUGAUUUCCUUCAAUGCAACCAAUAUGAACUGUUCGUAGAUUUCUGACGUGCAAUGCUUUCUGAAUUGCAACUUUUCUUUUUUAGUUUUUGAAAAAAAAAAAACAUUGUAUUUUCAUUACCUCAGAAUAAUGGAAGCAGUCGGAAAGGCUGAACAGAGACUGAUGUUCCACCAAUGUGUCGAUCACUUCCUGCAACACCUGGCUCCAAAAAAGAACAUGGACUGUAACUGUGCUAUUCAGUUUUCAUGCCAGAAUCAACUGUUCGGUGUUAUCUCAACAUUACAUACACCACUGUAAAAAGAGAAGGUUCUGUGAGCAAGACCUUACAAAUUCCAUGUUAAACAUGGUUUGUUAUUCUUAAGUGCAAAACUUUGUGUUGGUGUAAAAAUGGACGCUGAAGCCCAUUAGUGAAAUUAAGUUGCUGCAAAAAAUCCGUUAGCAUUUAAUAUUUUGCUCUAAUAUUGCAUUUUAACUCUUUUUAGAUUACCAUUAGGUCUUCCCUGGAGUUAUGUGUUAGGGACCAUUGUGAAGGAUCAUAUUAAUAUAGUGAGCAUGGACUCAAUGCCAAAGUUGACUCAAUGCCUCUGUGUGUGUUUGGAGGCUGAUGUUGAAGACCUGCAGCUGCUGUAUGUGACAUGGAAACGGACUGAAAUCUCAGCGGCGAGUCCAUUCACAAACUGCAACAAUUGUGCUGCUUUUUAAAUUCCACUAUGGGUAGCGGAAGGAAGUUGUUAGAGUGUGUCUCAUGACUACAUCUUUGUCCAUUUCACUUUAUUUCUGUGGGCCUGAGGCAAGUUCUAAUCCUUGCCCGGUUAGUUUCCAAGAAGUUUACACGGGGUGACACAAGUACUUUCUGUGUAAACCAAGAAAGAAAGUUAGUUGACCCAGAUAUAUCCCACUGCUCAUUUCUGAUACUGAACAUUUCCUAAAUUUUGCAAGCAUGUUUAUCGACCUAAUAAUCAACACUAAUGUUUGCACUACAGACUUUUGGAAUGCCCCUUUGCUCUUAGUUGUAGUUUUCGCUACAGUAGUGGUAGAUAGUGUAGUUUUUAGGAGAUUUUUUUAGUAGUUUAGUAGAUAGUGUAGAUAAUGUAGUUUGAGAUAGUGUGCAAAUCUAUCACGUGAUACAGAUUUUGCCGCUAGUGAUGGAAAGUUGUUUAGUGCUCUAGUGCAAUGCAUGUGCCUUUACUUGUGAAAUUGGGAUUUCUGAUCCACUCAGUAUUAUAGCUGGACCGUGUAGGCUUUCCAUCUGUUAAAUAAUUUGUCAAACUUGCUUUCAGAAUUGCAUUGACAUGAGUGCGAUUGAAAGGCAACCCAGAAACAAAGAAAUUACUUGCAAUUAGAAUAUUUGUGAUGUAAGAAAUAUUUAAUUUAAUGUGCAUUUUUUUCUCUCUGAAAGCUUUCAAAACUGUUUUAUUUUUAUCCUUUGGACAAUGACACAAUAUUAGCUACUGAAUUCAGAAUGUAUGUUCUCAAAUUGAUCUCAGCAGGGUUGACUGAAUGCAUCUUUAUUUCAAAGUGGCUGAAUAUAACUACAUUUCACAGCUUUCAGCACUUUAUUAAUGUUAGUUGUUUUAAUUCAGCAUAAAUAAGACUACUGUUAUCAUGUUUCAUUUUAAUGGGAUAAUACUGUUAGCUUAUUUCAUAAUAACUAACCUUUAUAAUAUGAAUAACAUUGUUAAAAUAUUACUCACAUUAUCUUUAAUGAUAAAUAUUAAAUCCAUACAUUAUCUCAUUACCACAAACUGAACUACAGACAGUUGAAUGUUUUGCUAAUUAUGUAAGUGUUUAAUUGUUUUUUGUCCGCUGUAAAUGAAGGAAUUGUUUUAUGCUUUACUGGAGACGCAAGCUUAAGUCUCCACAAACAGUAAGUGUAUGAACUCAGUACUGAAACGUUUUACUUUCCUGUAAUGAAGUUAAAAUUUUAUUGAAAUAAAAGUAAUACAACCA